UUCCAAAGUUUUGUUUUUUCUUUGGUUGGAGUUUUCUUCUUCCUUUAAGCUAUAACCACGCCAUGGCUAAUAUGUUUUUAUCUCAUUCCUUGUCCUAUAAACUAAGCUCUUUGUCUACUGAAGCAAGUGCUUCUUCUGGUAACACACUCAUCAGUAGUACUAUCCAAGAUUUCAGUGGCUUUAACCAUGCAAUUUCCAGUCUUUCUACUCACACAGAGACUCAUAAGAUCGCUAAGAAAAGGAGAGGCCUUCCUGGAAAUCCUGAUCCAGAUGCAGAGGUAAUCGCAUUGUCACCAAAGACGCUUCUUGCAACAAACAGGUUCGUUUGUGAGAUAUGCAACAAAGGGUUUCAAAGAGAUCAGAAUCUACAGCUUCACAGGAGAGGCCACAACCUUCCAUGGAAGCUGAAGCAGAAGAGCAGCAAAGAGCAACAGAGGAAGAAAGUUUAUGUUUGCCCAGAGACAAGCUGUGCUCAUCACCAUCCAUCGAGAGCUCUUGGUGAUCUCACAGGGAUCAAGAAACACUUUUGCAGGAAACAUGGAGAAAAGAAAUGGAAAUGUGAAAAGUGUUCAAAGUUCUAUGCUGUUCAAUCUGAUUGGAAAGCUCACACUAAGAUCUGUGGUACAAGAGAGUAUAGAUGUGACUGUGGCACUCUUUUCUCGAGGAAAGACAGUUUCAUAACGCAUAGAGCGUUUUGUGAUGCAUUAGCAGAAGAAAGUGCAAGAAUCCACUCAACGUCUUCUUCCUCCAUUCUCACAAACCCUAACCCUAAUCACUUUAUGAUCAACAAAUCUUCUCCCUUGUUCUUCACGUCACCUCUUUGCGUCGAACCAUCGCACUCCGCCGCGGCUCUUUCAUCGACGGCAGCUCUCUCCGCGACUGCUCUCCUCCAAAAAGCAACGGCUCUCAGCUCCUCGGCUUUCGGAGGCGGUGGACAGACUCGAUCAAUCGGUCAUCAACGACAUCAUCUGACCAAGAACGCCAACGAGCUUCUUGGUGGUGUUGACCGGGUCAUGAUGACGUCGUCUGAGUACGACCAGCUAGCUUCCACGUGGCAGAAAGCUGACCGUUUGACCAGAGACUUUCUUGGACUCACGGGUCACGGGGUGCACGUUAGCAUGAGACCCGGUGGUGUGCUGGGGUACGCAGGUGGCGUGGCGUUUCCUAUGUCGGCCUACGAUACCGAAUCUCAUCAUAAUCACGAGUCGUCGUCGUUUCAGAAGGCUUACGAUCUGGGAUUCUCGGGAGCCCACUCUAUGUAAAAGGGCAAAACUGGAAUCUUACUUCCUUUUUAUUUUGUUGCUUGAAAAUUACUAAAGUGCCCUCGGAAAAAAAAGACACAGCAUUUCUUUUUGGUUAAUUUUCUAGGGAUUAUU